UCGUUUGUCGUUGAUUUAUAUCAUGACAAGUCAGUUGUGCACUUAUUCACCUCUUGACGUCUUUUCGGUCGUCCCUCCUGUCCACUGCUGCUCACAGGGACUGACACACCUGAAGGAAGACGCUCCGCCUGCUGACCUCAUGCUUUGUAAUCUCUUGAUCUGCUCUGCUCAGCGUCUCAGGGGACAGGGAGCUAAUCUCGAUGGGAACAUUGCCUAAUGCUGUUGCGUAACAUUUCAUCUUCACAAAAGCCAAGAGAUCAAGCGUGGCUGCACAACGCAGACAUGUCUCUCACACGGGUGUGUUCUCCUGCACCUGCGAUCCAAUGCAUCCUGUCAUAUGUAUAUGUACUGUAGAUACCAGUGCGUGCACGUAUUCGUCCUCUGCUGCCUGUUUUCAGCCUGGUUUUUACCUCCCUGGCCUGAUGUUAACUGUUUGAAGGGAUUGGGACGGUCCUAAAUUACAACAGGAUUAGAGUUCAUGACACCAUCUUAAUCCCUGGUUCCUCAGUGAGGAGGAGAGGGUGAAAGACAGGGAGAGGUGAGCGGCGAAGGGUGUGGCCAGGGAAGCUCGUCCUGGCUGUCCACUUGACUGUGAACGUGCCCCCUCCACUCCACUGUUCCCAUCAGUGCGCAGUGGAGGAACAGCAGCGAUGGCAGCAGUCGGCUCAGUGGGAUGAGACCGAGUCAGACCUCAGCAUGUGUGAAGACAAAUAACUGUUGUGGCUCCUUUUGGGCCAAAAGAAGCAUGUUUCCUCCUCAGCUGUGUCGCUUGUGAUGGACGCCGUGGACGUGUUUUGAUGCAGAGCAACAAUUUGGGAACUUGCCUGCUACAGAGAUGCCCGGACCCCAGUACCAGGUGGCGAGCCCCAAGUUCCACCACUGCCAAUACAGCCUGACAGACAGCUCCUUCGCAGAGUCCGAGGAUGAGGAGGCCGAGGCCCCGCCGCCGGUCACCCCCCUGCAGAAGCUCACCACCGACAUGUGCAAGAACGAGAAGACCAUCAAGGAGCUGAUCAUAGGCCGCAGGGUGGGCUUCUACAAGGUCCGAGGGGAGAUCGGGUGCGGGACCUUCUCCAGGGUCAAAAUGGCGUUCCACGCUCUGGCUAAAGACAAAGUGGCCCUGAAGGUCCUGGAUAAGACGAAGCUGGACGCUCAGGCCCAGCGUCUGCUCUCCAAGGAGAUCAGCAGCAUGGAGUUCCUGCAGCACCCCAACGUGGUGCGACUGUACGAGGUGGUGGAGACGCCCAGCCGCCUUUACCUGGUGCUGGAGUACGCAGGAGGAGGCGACCUCCACAACAAGAUCUGCAACGAGGGGAAAUGCACAGACAAAACCAGCAAGAUCAUCUUCGCCCAGAUCCUCUCUGCGAUCAAAUACAUGCACGACAUGAACAUCAUCCACCGAGACCUGAAGGCAGAGAACGUUCUGUUCACCACCAGCAGCUGUGUGAAGGUGGCUGACUUUGGAUUCAGCACGCGGGUUUCAAACCGUGCCGAUGCCCUGGACACCUUCUGUGGCUCUCCGCCCUACGCCGCCCCGGAGCUCUUCAGGGACGAGUCCUACCUGGGGCCUCCGGUGGAUGUGUGGGCCAUGGGGGUCCUGCUUUUCUUCAUGGUGACCGGCACCAUGCCGUUCCGCGCCGAAACCAUGGGCAAGCUGCGGCGCUGCAUCAUUGACGGGGCCUACACCCUCCCGCCCUGGGUGGCCGGUCCCUGCCAGAAACUCAUCAGGGGCAUCUUGAAGCCAGUCCCUGACGACCGCUGCGCCGUGGACCAGAUGUUGGGCUGCGAUUGGCUGCUGCCUGUGGAGUUUCCCUGGUCGCUGGUGCGUCAGGAACCAGUGAGCCCCCUGCAGAGCCUGCUGGGCUCGGAGUACGGGGACCUGGAGGAGGAGGAGGAGGAGGAGAUCAGGAGCUCGCUGGAGGAGCUCGGCUUUACCUCCGUGCAUCUGCGGAUCAACCGGCCCACAGACAGUCGCAGCCCCGUCACCGGGGUUUAUCGAAUCCUGCUGCACCGAGCACAGAAGCGCCGGGGCUGCGACUGCCCCCCCGUGGUACGAGGGAUGGUGAGGGACCCUAAGAGAGAGGGGCUCCGGUCCUACAGGGGCCUCAGACACACCUCCAAGCUCUGUGUGCUUUCAUAACUGCUAGAGAAACUCUUUUUAUACAGAUUCUUUUAUACCAACAAGUUCACAGGGAUUUUUUUUUUAUCUUAUUGAACUAUUUAUAUACAUUGUGUAAGAGACUCCUUUUUUCACAAUUUGUAUUAAAGUUGUUUUUCUUCUUCCAGUCUGUGAAAGUGCCUGAUGACAUGUAAACGUCUGUAUAAAAUGUUCUUCUUAUAAAUUUUCUGUACAUUUUGUAAUUCUCUAAUUUUAAAAGAGAUUUAAAACUUUUUAUGGCUUGUGAUCCCUUCAAAAUAAAGCCAAGCUGCUGGAAACCUCUCAGCUUCAGCGUCUGA